AUGCAACCCGCAGCUGCAGCAACCGGUAUGACUCUGACACCGGUAUUGACCUUGGAGGGUCACGAAGAGCAUGUCCGAUCCAUAUCUUACUUUCCAGACUGCAAGCGAAUGAUCAGCGGAUCAAUGGACAGGACUGCUCGAAGAUGGGAUCUGCAGGAGGGUAAAGAGAUUAAGGAGGUGCGGGACGUUUGCGAGCAAGGAGUGUAUUCCGUGGUGGUAUCAAAGGAUGGUCGAUGGGUUAUUACUGCUGGUGGACUUCUCAAUCACACUGAUCCUGGGGAGAUCAAAGCCUAUGAGGUUGAAACGGGGAACAUGAAAACAUUUCGAGGUCACGCACGGAUGGUCACCUGCAUCAACUGCUCCACGGACAGUACCCUACUGGCAAGCGGGUCGUGGGAUGGUACAGCGCGGGUAUGGAGCUUGGAUACCGGCAAACUCGUGGCUGGGCCAUUCGAGAGCAAGGAUUGGCCGGGCGCAGUUUUAUUAUCGCCAGACUCGAAGAAACUUGCAGUCAAGUCAGAGGCUGGGAAGUGCAUCGAGAUCUGGGAUGUCCAAUCACAGACACUGGAUGUGAGAGUAGGGGGAUUCAAAUUUGUUGGCGUACCCUUCACAUAUACACCACUUUUCUGGACGAACAAAAACAAAAACAUCCUGGCCGCAUUCAGUUUUACGGAUAACAACGUCGCUAGUACAAUCUAUGAGUUCGACGCAACAACGCUGCAAACUUCUGGAGCUCCUUUCGAAGGGCACACCAAGAUUGUCACCGGAUUAGCACUUUCAUUCAAUUGUGCUGUCCUUGCCAGUGCUUCCGAUGACAACACCAUCAAGCUCUGGGCAUUCGAAUCCCGCCAGCUCCUCACCUCCUUGACCGUCCAAAACCCUUUCUGCCUUGUCUUUUCACCUGACUCACGCCAGCUAGCAUACACUACCCACAUCUCCAAUGACAAUAAGAUCUUUAUAUGCAACACUCCACGCAAUAUCCUUGAUCUACUGAAGGUAUCUCAUUUUUCUUUUCAUUAUACCACUCAUCCAUCGUCAUCAUUGCAGUCUGAUGCAACUCGUCGUUCGGCUGCGACGCGCCGGAACCCACCAACAUUGCCCGUCAUAGCCAAGCCCCAAAGAUCUUUGCCUGCAGUAGACCUACGGCAACACAUUUUCCUUCACAUCCGCAAACUCCUUCACUUGGGUCUUCCCGUUCGGAAUGAUCAGCAUCGUGAUCCUCUGGACGUGGGUUUCACCAUCCUGUUCAACUUUACAGUCAACUCAGUCGUGCUGCAGUUCCCUGCUACGUUGCCUCUACCCCAAAAAAUAUCUCCCUUGGGGCAUUCAGAUGUAGAUCCUCACGAGAAC